CCACUAUUUAGCAUAUUUUGAUGAGACAAAGCAAACAAAAUAUAAUUUAUUUAUUUAUGAUUACUGAAUAAUUAGUUAAAAUAUUUACAUUCAUAAUGCUGGCCAAAUGUACAAAAACGGACAUAAAUGUCCGUUUUUAUAAUUCCGGCCAAAUUUAUGUCCGUUUUUAUAAUUCUGGCCAAAUUUGCAAACGGACAUUUAUGUCCGUUUUAUAAUUCCGGCCAAAUUUUGCUGGGCGAAAUUAUCUUAAUUCUGGCCAAAUUAAUGUGUAACCUUGAAAAAAUUUUUGCCUUUUUUAUAGUUACAAGAUGGUACAAAAUGUACAUUAAUGCAAUGCUUGACCAUGAGUUUAUAAGUAAAUAUCCGGUCAAAAGUUAUAAAAUUGCCUUAUUUGUAAUUAUAAUGUUGGUAAGUUGUUUGGACCAAUCAGAUCUCGUGGGCUAAUCUGGCCCAUGGGCAGUUUAUAAGCUAGGAUGUAGUGUACGCCCACUUAGCUUAGAAACUAUGCCGAUCAUUUGGCUGG